AUGGACGUUCCAAUCAUCGACUUAUCGACUCCCGAGACACUUGAACGCGAUUUCUAUGCUUGGCUAAGGAGUGAUCCUAGUACUACAAAAACUUUGGCUCCACAAGUGUUCACCCACACUGAAAACUAUUAUCAAGAAAUUUCUGAGUAUAAUUCGUAUCAGCAAUAUUAUUCGUAUACGGAAUCUUCGGAAAGCGGCUCUCCUUCAUCUCUAUCAUGCUCCUCACUUGAUUAUGAAGUCCCUCCGCCACCUCAGCAUGAAAAAGACGUCGCGCGCAGUUCAGGCAGAAAUCAACUAGGGCGGACCUACAGCCCGGGACUUCCCUUAUCAAUGAACGAGCGCGAAGAAAUUGUCAAGCUUUUUCAAAAUGGGUGGAAGAUUUGCGAUAUAUCAAAGAGGCUUUGUGUGACUCAUAGUUGUGUGAGCAAGAUUCUAAAUCGUUAUCGACAAACAGGGUCAGUGAAACCAAAAGAUGCAAAGGAAGGUAGAACUGAAUCUCCACUAGUGCUGGCUGUAAAAGAUUAUAGAAGCCGACUGGGAAUGUGCCGCCAAAGCGAGAUUCGCGAGCAACUUAUUCGUGAUGGAAUUUGCUCUCGCGAAAAUGCACCGUCGCGCUCAAGCAUCAAUCAUAUUCUCCGUACCAAAUUGGAUAUUAAAAGAAGAAAGAAGGGAUCUUGCAAUGAGUAA